AUGAAAAGUAAUUUGUAUGAGAAAAAUUAUCAUUAUAAGCCUAAUUUUAACUCUUUUUUAUUAAAAGGAAAAAGAACAAAUAUUAAAAAUAUCUCUACAAAUAGAUAUAGAAGUAUAUCAAAAAAUGGAUUUUUAUAUAAAAGCUCCGUAAUUGAAAAGAAAAAAGGUUAUUUGGAUGUAGAUAACAAAUUUAAAUCAAAAAAAAAGAAUAUUCCUUCUCACAGUUAUGGCGAAUAUAAUUAUUAUAAUAAAGAAAAUGCAAAUAAUUUAAAUUAUUUAAAGCCAAAUUAUUUUAAUAAAGUAUAUGCAAAAUAUCAGAAUACAAAAACAGCUACAUCUAACGAUAAUUCUAAUAUUAAUUAUGACUAUAUAUUUAAAAAAAAAAACAUUCCUGAAAAGAAUAUGAAAUAUAACGACUUAAUUGGUGAUUUAUACUACAAAACAUCUUUCUAUUUAAAAAAAAAUAGAAAAUACAUGCAAAGAAUACUGAAAAAAAAUUACGUUAUAAAAAUUUAUUUAGUUAGACAUAUAGAAGCACAGCAUAAUAGAGAAGUUCUUAAAAAUCCUAAUAUAGCUAGAGAUUUGAUAUAUAAGGAUAUAAAAUUUUUAGAUUGUGGUCCAAGUGAAGAAGGGAUGAAAAUAUGUUCUGAUUUGAAAUAUGAUGAAAAUAAACUUUAUAAAAAGGUUAUACAAUUAUAUAAUGAUUCAACUCAGAAAAGCAACAUAAAUUAUAGUAAAAAAGAUAAAGGUGCUUUUGAAAAAAAUCAAAAUUUUAUCAUUAUUAGUUCACCACUUAGAAGGUGUUUAGAAACAAUAAAGCAUUUUCUUAAUUUUAAAAGAAAUAUUAUUAUACAUGAAUCUGUUCGUGAAACUGCAGGAAAUUAUUUUAGCGAUGAAAGAUCUAAAACAUCAGAUAUAAAAAAAUAUUGCGAUAAAAAUUUUGAUGAUUAUGAAUUAUUAUGUUAUGGAGAGAAUGAUACUAUACCUGGUAGUAAAUUCAGAGAAUCAUCAGAACAAGUAUAUUGUAGGUGUUUACAGUUUUUAAAAUUUAUUCAUUCAUUAUCUAUUAACUAUUUUUCUAGUAUUGAAAAACAGUAUGAAGAAAAGGAUAGGAAUGAUAAAAACGGAAAUAAUAAUACUAGUAAUUCACAUAAUGAAAAUUAUAUGAACGGAGUAAAUGUAGAUAACAAAAUUAACAAAACGUCUGAUUAUCAAAAUGAAAAUGGACCAAACGACUAUUUAGAAAAAUAUGGGAAAUCAAAAAGUCCAUCUAUUGAAGAAAAUACUUGUUUAAAUAAAAAAGAUGGUGAUGGAGAUGAAUUAAAGGAAAAUAAAAACAAACAACAGAAUAAAAAAAAAGAUAAAAAAAAUGUAUAUAACAUUGUUUUAGUUUCACAUAGUUCUUUUAUUCUUCAUUUAUUGGCUUUAUUAGAUUAUUUAGAUUUGGAUGCAAGAGUAUUAAAAAAUUGUGAAAUAAAAAAAAUAGUAAUACCAUUAACAAAUUCCUUUUUAUUUUAUAACAAUGUUACUAAUUUACAGUUAUCUAAGCCAAUACCUAUGAAUAAUAUACCCUUAUGUUUUAAAAAUAAAAAUAAAAUUUUGAAAAAAGCAUAUAAAGAUAAACAUAUAUACACUAUAAAUAAUUACGUCGAUCUUGAUGAACUCAUUUGUCUACAGAGUUGUACGGUUGUUAUAUAUCAUUAUGAUAUAGUUGUAAAAAGUGAAAAAAACAAAAAAUAUUUAGAAAAAAUACAAAAUUUUAUUGAUUAUAAUAAUGAAUGUGAAAAAAAUGUUACUUAUUCUAAUGGAAUUUAUAAAAAUUUUAUUUUAAAGAAUAAAAAAAUGGGAAGAAAAAUUUUAAUAUCUGAUGCUAGUAAAUAUCUUAAAUAUUCAGAAGAAAAGGGGGUAUGGGAAAUUAGCAAAAGAGGAUAUUUUUUGGGUCAGAAUAUAAUUAUAAUUGUAUUACCAGAUGUUGAAACAAAAACAACAAAAAGUAACCAAAAUAAAAAUAGAGAAGAAAUUAAAAAUAAAAAAAAUGAUAAAUCCUACUAUUUAGAAAAUGUAAAACAAGUUGUAGAUAAUUAUGAUAAUGUAGGAGAUUUAAUUAAAUCAAAAGACUUUUGGCAAACUAUGAAAGAUAAUAUUAAGAAUUUAGACCUUUAUUCCUUUCAAGAAUAUAUAAUAGAAAAAUAUAACAAAAUUAUAAAGAAUGAAGUAGAUGUCUGCUAUAUUGAUUUGGUUGGAUGUAUCAAAAAUAAAAACUUUAUGGAUAAAUAUGAAAAUAAAUGUGAUGGAUAUUUAAAGGCAUUGAAAGAAAAAUAUGAUAAAAAUUCUUACAUUGAUUUUGAACAAGAAUGUAAAUAUAUCAAUGACAAUUUAAUUGAUAAAAUUUUCACAGAGUAUGUAAAUAAUAGUGACAAUAAUAAUAAAAAUUCAAGUGAAAAUGAUAUACAAAAUUUUAUUAAAAGGAAGUUUAUAUAUAUACCAAAAAAAUCCCAUACUAAAAAAAAUCUGCAAGUUAAUCAAAGUAAUAUUAUUGACACACAUAAUAAAAAUUUUCUUCAAGAUAAUAUUAAAUUUUUGAAAUCUUUACCUCAAUCAAUUCAAAAUCUGAAUGUAGAAAUGUUUUAUCGUGAUCAUUAUUUUUAUUUUCACUGUUUAAAUAAAUUUAUUAAAAGUAAAAAUAAAAUAGAAGGUCUUGUUAUUUCAAAGCUAUUGUCUUUUUUAGAUAUAUUAAAAACUUACAAUACUAAUGUAUCAAAUAAAAUUUUUCAAAAGUUAAUUAAAUUAGAAGAAUUAAUUGAUAAAAAUACAAAAGAAGAAGGAGAAAAAAUUAAUACAUGCUUAUGUGAAAAAAAAUCAGUCACAGCUAAUAAUACUUCCUAUUAUGCAGAAGGAACAAAAAAAUAUAAAGUUAUUCAAUCUUUACCAGGUAAAAAAAAAAGCGUAGUUGAUGACUUAAAUUAUUUAAGAUAUAAUUUAUUGACAGCCGCAGGAGGGGCAGAAAAUGUGUACAUAUUGAAUGUUCUUAAAUAA